AUGAGCGAGGGAGCCAAAUGCGACUCUUCUCUCCUGGUUAAUAAAUGGUUGGAUUGCUCUUUCCGCUUUGGCUCUUUCCUGCUUCCCUUCCCUGAAGAGGAGAAGAGGAAGCACAAGAAGAAGCACUUGGUUCAGAGUCCUAACUCUUACUUGACGGAUAUGAACUGUCCAGGUUGCUGCAAAAUCACCACGGUGUUUUUUUGACAUGUUCAGGCGGCGGUUCUCUGUGUCUGCUGCUCAACUGUUCUGUGUCAGCCCACUGGAGGAAAGGCCAGGUUGACAGAAGGGUGCUCCUUCAGGCGAAAGCAACACUGA